CCACCACCAACGCUGCCAGCCCUGAACGACUCGCGUUCUCUGGGAGGAAGAGACCUCUCUGACUCUCAUCCCUUCAACUCUUUGGGGAUUAUUCACAUCUAUCGCGAAACCCUAAAUCCAAACAUCGGUGUUUUCUGAAACAGGGAGCCUCUGGGCUCCAGCGCUCCUCCGGGGCCACCUCCUCCUUGCUACUGGCUCUGCCGCGGGCCCUGGCCGCGGACAGGAGCGGCGGGACCCCGGCCGGGCCGGCUCCGGGCGCGGCUCCGUCGAGGCCGCGGCCGCUCGGGCCCCACGUGAGGCGGCCCCGCCUCCCCCGGAGCCGCCGGGGCGGCCGCCGUACCCGGAAAAGGAAAGGGAAGGCAAGGCAAGGGAAGCGAAGGGGCGCGGCGCGGCCGGCGCGGGCGGGCAGUGGCGGUGGUGCGGCUGAGCCCGGCCCGGCGGCGGGAGAGAUUAUUUUCACUGUGAAAAGGAACUGCAAUGGAGAGUACGGUAUCGGUUAUUUUCCUUGUAUCGUUUUCCUUAUUGCUGUGUGAAAGUUAUCACCAUGGAGUGGAGACAGCCACUGUUGUGCAUACAUCAGAGAGAGCUUUUCCAGAAAAGACAGUGGGAGUUAAUACUGACUUGGCAGGACUAAUACAGAAGUUACACCUUCAAGAACUUUUUAAUCGUUACGGAGAAAACAACUCUCUGUCAAUUGAUGGGUUUAGAAAACUGCUACAGAACAUAGGUAUAGAUAAAAUGAAAAGGAUUAAAAUAAGCCACGAUCAUGACCACGAUCAUGACCAUGAUCACGACCAUGAUCAUGUCCACCAUCACGACCAUGAGCAUGACCAUCGCUCUCACCAUAAUCAUGUUUCACUGAGUAAAGGCUCUGAGAAGGCUGCUUGUCCAAACCACGACUCUGAUGCCAGCAAAGACCACAGGAGCAGCCACACGAAGGAGCCUCACAAAGCCGAGAGCGUGGAGCGGCAGCAGAACUUUGUGCGCGGCAAGAACGCGGUGCACGAGAUCACGGCUUCCGCCGGCGGCCGCGCCGAGCUCCAGAACGUGCAGCCCGGAGAAGCCAAGGCGGUUGUUCGAGUGGGAGCAGGUGGCCCUGGUGCCCUCAAUGUCACAGGGGGCCGCAAUGGCACCUGGCUGGGUGCCACCAAGGCAAACGAGUCCCGUGCUUCUCCGAAGGAGUUGGAGAGAGGGAGCUACCUCUAUUCUAAACUGAAAAAGCAAAGCACUCAAGAGUGCUCCAAUGCAUCCAAACUGAUGCAGUCUCAUGGAAUAGGCACUCAAGUAUUGUUGACUGCUACAGAAUUUAGUUAUCUCUGUCCAGCUCUUAUUAACCAGAUUGAUGGCAAGUACUGCAUAGUCCAUGCUACUAGUGAAAAAGCUGAAACUCCUCCAAAAAAUUUUUCUCUGCAAAUAGCUUGGAUUGGUGGCUUUAUAUCCAUCUCCGUCAUCAGCUUUCUUUCUUUGCUGGGUGUUAUAUUGGUACCACUGAUGAAUCGAGUAUUUUUCAAAUUUCUUCUGAGUUUCCUUGUGGCACUGGCUGUGGGGACCUUGAGUGGAGAUGCCUUCUUACACCUCCUUCCACAUUCUCAUGGAAACCAUCACCAUCACCACGAAAAGCCUCUGCUUGACCAAAAAAGUUCUAUGUACAAACAUCUUGUUUUUCAAAGUACAGAGGAGAAUGCUUACCUGGAUUCUACAUGGAAAGGACUUACAGCACUUGGAGGCUUGUACUUCAUGUUUCUAGUGGAGCAUUUGAUCACUUUAAUAAAACAAUUUAAAGACAAGAAGAAAAAGAAAAAAAAUGAAGAUGAUGGAGAAAGUAAGAAGUUUUCAGCAAAUGAAGAGAAGUUGGAUACAGAUGAUCGGCCUGAGGGCUAUCUAGGGACAGACUCUCAAGAUCCAUCAACCUUCAUUUCUCAGCAGCCAACUGUACAAGAGGAAGAAGAAGUGAUGAUAGCUCAUUCUCAUCAAGAGGAGGUUGACAACGAAUAUGUGUCCAGGGGCUGUAGAAACAAAUGCCAUUCUCACUUGCACGAUACUCUAGGACAGACAGAUCAUCUAAGUCACCAUCACCACGACUACCAUCACAUUCUGCACCACCAUCACCACCAGAACCAUCAUCCCCACAGUCACAGUCAGCGCUACUCGCGUGAAGAGCUGAAGGACGCAGGGAUAGCCACUCUGGCCUGGAUGGUGAUCAUGGGAGAUGGACUGCACAAUUUUAGUGAUGGCCUGGCAAUUGGAGCAGCCUUUACUGAAGGGCUAUCUAGUGGUUUAAGCACUUCUGUGGCUGUAUUUUGCCAUGAAUUACCUCAUGAGCUAGGAGAUUUUGCUGUCCUUCUAAAAGCUGGUAUGACUGUCAAGCAAGCUGUGCUUUAUAAUGCUCUGUCAGCUAUGCUGGCCUAUCUUGGUAUGGCGACUGGGAUCCUUAUUGGUCAUUAUGCAGACAACGUUUCAAUGUGGAUAUUUGCACUUACUGCUGGCUUGUUCAUGUAUGUGGCUCUUGUGGAUAUGGUACCUGAAAUGCUCCACAAUGAUGCCAGUGACCAUGGAUGUAGCCGGUGGGGAUACUUCCUGUUACAGAAUGCUGGGAUUCUCCUGGGGUUUGGAAUAAUGCUGCUUAUCUCAGUAUUUGAACAUAAGAUUGUAUUCAGCAUAAACUUGUAAUCCUGGUUACCAGGAACACACCUUGGUGUUAAAUUAUAAGUGAUAGGGUUUGUUUUCUAUUAAUUUCCUUAUUGGAAAGGUACAUUUGAUAUAGACUAGAUUUUUUGUUGGUGUGCUUUGUUGUUGUGUACUUCCUUCCCUUCUUGCCUGAUAGAAAGGAACACUGUAAAGUUUGGGGUUUGUUGGGGUUUUGUUUGUUUGUUUGUUUUUGUGUUGUUUUUUUUUACUUGGGAUUUAGCAUUGCUUAUGGUACUUGGAAGUGGUACUUAGUAAAACAUGGCCAAAUCUAUAUUAUUUUUAUUGUCUGUAUUAUUUGAGGGGUUAGGUUGUUUUUUUACUGAAUUUAUUUACUGUAUGUAAUUAUAUGUAAUGUUUUUUACUUCGGUGGUUUUGCUGGUUUAAAGAGGUAAAACAAAAGUGGUUUUUAUUUUAGCACAUUCAAAUCAGUGGAUACAAAGCACAGUGAGCAAAGUAAAACAAGAACAAGACAUGUAAUGGUUAGCAUGUGUUUAUUGGUAAAAACUCACCUCUUCUGCAUCCAGCUGGUUUAUACAGAAAGGCAGAUGAGUCCAUUCCAUUCUUUGUGGUGCUGCUGGUUCUCUCAGUGGCUUGUGGAUUCCUGCGUCUUAUUCCAGUUGGUUUCUACUCCAAACAAAUUGAUGUCAAACCAUGUUUUAAGUGUUUACAUCAAAUGUUUAACUUGUUUCAUCCAUUCUGAGUUGCUCUUCACUCGUUUCUCAAAUCAGCAACAAAAGUCCAGCUCUUAAAUUGCCAAAGCUUUAAGAAUUCCAUCCGAAAGACUUUAAAAGCAGUGCUGUAUCCCACUUACACUGCCUGAAGUGACAAAGGUGUAUUAAAGCCUGUUUGAUAUCAAGGAGGAGGAGUGCUACAGGCUGCGAUAAACAGUCAUUUCCUACAAAAGCUUCCUGAAGUAAAGUGUUGAUUUACUUUGGGAAAAUGAGCUGAGUGGGAGAGCUGCCUACUUCUAGUUCAGUGUGAUUGCACACAAACCUGUGCUACAUUUUUUUACAAAAACUAAAGCUGAGAAACCCAAAAUAAGAAAAUUUCUUUGGUAACAUACCUAGAGAAGCAAGGUGUUAAAGAUAAGUGUAUGCUUAAGUAUGUAGUUUAAGCCUACAAUCUUAAUAUGUUUAACCACCCUGAAUGUCACUGAAGGAAGAAGAUUGAAAAAAAACAAUAGCAAAAUAAAUUCUGCAUUAGCAGGGAAGGUGAACAUGUCAAAGUUCUUUAAUGAUGAAUAAAUAACAGGAUUAUGCUAUCUAACUAGCUAGCUGUAAAAAUCCCAGAAAUAAAACAAUUAGAACCUAUUUCUGAUCCACUGCUUCAAACCAUCAGCUGAAUAAAAAGCUUGAACAAGAUAAAUGUUUGAUAAUACUGUGUAUGACAGGUUAAAACAGUUUGUUGGUCUGUCAUACAAUGAAAGACCAUUCUAUCACCUCAGAAAUAGAUGUUUUCAAUUAAUGGAGAGGUUUGAGGAUCUUUUAGGAGUUGAGAAAUGGGUACCACAUGAGUUUUUGCAGCCAGUGGACUAUUAACUUCUCUUGCUUCAGCCUUUCCUCAGGUUAGCAAUAGUUGAUAUUUACUUUUUUGCUCACAGUGAUGAAAUCCUGUUCUGUGCCUCCUUGGAAGCCAGGGGUUGAGAAAGGUGUUCUUCCUUCAGCUCUCCUAAUGCAUCCCUGAGUCCUAGCGGGCUUUUUAUGGCUUGGGCAUGGUGUUUACCUGUGGUGUGGGAAAACUCCAUAAAUACAGUGCACUUCAGCCUGUGGGGCUUCCACCUUCUGCACCGCAAUCCUGGCUGCUACAGAAAUCAGGCAUCUCUGUAGUCCUGGGGCAUUUCAGACUUGGAUGAGCUCAGUUUGCUUUGAAUUUUUCACUGCUGGUCUCUGUUAGCCUACAGCCAUAAUAGCUGCCAGUUCAGCUGGAUUUCUCUUGUCUGGAUAUGACACAGGAAGGGGGCAGGCAGCCUACUGUUGUUCAAGAGAUUUUAAUAUUAAUGACUAAAUGAUGGCGAUAAAUCUACAAAUUAAAAUUUCCAUGUUUCCAGUGGGUUCUUGGCUGGCUUAUGAUGUACUUGACUGACAUUAAAAUAUCCACAUAUCAAAACCCAUUGCUAAUUUAGGAAUAAAGAAAAAUGAAUUGCCUUUAGAGCAUGUGGGCAGAAAUGUCUCUAUCCUGUACACAAACAUAUUCCACCCAGUCAGUGUUCUUUAGUCAUUGAUGGAGAAACAUCCAUGACAGGCAGCUGUGCAAACUGAUAACUGAGAAGGCUACAGACUAAAAAUUGCUGUAGUUUUGUAUCAGCAGAAUGACAAAAUGUUGGUUGUUCUUUCUGUUUGUUUUGAGUUGUUGUUUAUCUUGGUUGGCCUUACAAAGUAGAAUCUGCAUUUGUUGCAAUGUACUCGUGUUGGAAAUACUCAAGGUUUGCAAACUGGUGGGGCAGAGCCUCUAAGUAGCCCUUUAUUUUUAUGUGUCUAUCUUUCUGCAGCAGUUUUUAAUGUGCCUGGCUACUCUGGAUAAUAAAUGCAAGUGUCUGCUUUGUGUAUCUGUAGCAUAAUAAUGGUACAGACCGUAAUUUUUAUGCUGUUACAGCUGCCUUUAGUGCCUGUGCUAGAUGCAGGUAAACAGAAUAGGCAAACAAUGCUGGAAUCAAUUUUGGUUUGGGUUUUUUUCUGUAACAUAUUCUAAUGGUUUUGGCCUGUGUUUGUACAGAAGAGGUGUCAUGUUACUUUGGGCAGCAGGAGUCAGAGCAAAGGUGUGGAGGUUCUCCAAGUUCUCCCCUGCCUGGCCUGUAGGAUCAGGUGCUGGUACGGUUUCUCUGCAUCCUUUGUGCCUGAAUGUGAUGCCACGUGUGCUGUGGGAAUGCAACUCCUUUAUGUGCAUAAAAAUCACAGCCCAGGCUGUGAAUUCAAAGGGUAGAAUAGAAUUCACAGAGGCUCUCCUGCUGCCUGAACUGAGACACCAGUGCAGUUAAAAUCUCUUGUGGAAAAACUGGGUCGUUCUGUUUUCCACGAGCAGAGAACAAAAAGAUGUUUUAAUGGAAUAUGGGUUGUUUUUGUUUGUUUAGUUGGUUUUUUUAAUUUAAAGUACGUUUCUGGUGUGUGUAUAUAUGGUCACUGUAGCUGUUACUGUAUUGCUGUGUGCUAGAGAAAAUAAACCACUGAACUAAA